AUGGAGGCUGGAGUUUCUAGAUUCCAAGCAGAAUUUGAAGACGACUUCCUACUAGAUGCGAUUGGUGCGAUGGUGUUUUACGGGUUCCCUUCGUUUGCGAGCAGAACCUUAUGCAAGCUCUGGCGUCGAAUACGAUUAGAGGUGGCUGCUGAAUGGUCAUUGUUCAAGGAAAAGUGGCCAUUUAUUGCAUCUGGUAUCCUUUUUCAGUUCGUUCACGGUUUCUUAACUCGAACAGCUCACCUACUCCACACUCCUCGUCCUUCGUUACAUGAUGUCGGGUUCGAACUUAUCCCUGAGAUCGGUCCUGAAUAUUUUUUCAUCAGUGAAUACCUCUUCUUCGCCAUAUUCGUUCCUUGCUGCAUUUGGACAUUCCAUCCCUUCGUGUGCACCAAGAAGCAAUUUUACACUGUGCUUGUGUGGUGCAAAAUUCUUACGGUUUUUGUGAUGUGCCAGACUUUUCGAGUACUGUCCUUCACGGCAACACAACUACCUGGUCCCGCACAUCAUUGUAGACAGGGAUCUCCCACAGCAAUCCUCAAAUAUACUGGAAUCCAGGACGUGCUGCACCUUAAUGCCAUGCAUGGGUGUGGUGACCUCAUAUUUUCCUCCCACAUGACGUUCAUCCUCACUGUUGUCAUCACCUACUCCAGAUAUGGAACCAAUCUCUUAUUCAAGCAUCUGUCAUGGUUAUUGUCUGGAGUGAUGUCAGUCUUGAUAAUUGCUUCACGCAAGCACUACACAGUGGAUGUUGUCAUUGCAUGGUACGUUGUACCUCUGGUCUACUACUUCGUCGAGCACAAGCUGGAGGACUGCGUUGGCCCAAGAGAUCUGCUUGAGCAUAACCUUUGUGACAAGAUCCUGCCACUCCACUCCUCGCCAUUCCACUUGUCAUCGCAACUGAAAACCUCGUUUGAAGCUCGGGCUUCUAAUCCCCAUGCUUCCACGCUUCGUCAAGACUUUCUUACCCAAAUGUUUGGAGGCAUGAAGGACGUCUGCAGCAAACCGCUAGCCACUAUCUUCAGAGUGUGCGCUGACUUGUCUGAUGAGGAAGAUGGAAGUUUGAAAGCCAGUCUGACUGGGAUGGCGUGA